UCUCACUCAAUCGCGUCAAGGCGCGUGGAAAGCGAACCAGUCGAGUGAAAGAUGUUCCUCCCAUGCGUCUUUGUACUCGCGCUUCAAGCCUCGCAGGUGUGUCCAAGCGUUGUUGUUUACCCGGAGAUACAACCACACCUGCAGAAGUAUCAAGACUUUGGCUGGGGAUUUCCCGCCAUCGGCGAGUGGAUCUUGGUGCAGAGAAAUUAUUACGAAGACUUAUUAUUCGGUGCAGAAGUGAGAGGCAUCAAAUAUCAGAGAUAUGGAAGGAACACAGCGCACAACACUCCAAUCGUGAUUACGUACCAGGACGGAACGAAAGUGAGCGCACAUUUAACUAUCGGCUCAUCAGAAGGCUACCAAGCAAGAAAUCUCAUUCGCAUAGACUUCUGUCAAUCUAACUAUAGCAUCGAGGCUCACCUUAUCUUCUGGGAGCCCUUCAACUGCUUAAUCAUUCGUCAUCCGUACGUUGACAAUGGCCUUGGAUGCUCCUACUGGCGCCACGUCGCUGCCCUGAAGAAGCCGGAUGAUUGCUGUCAAUUCAUUUACGCUGAGAACUGCGGGACCUCUCCGAGGUACCAAAUAUAUGAUGACCUGUCGUGUUCUCCGGGACGCACAUGCAGACCGCCAAGAAUCAACUAAGAAGCGUAACUAUUGUAAGCACAAAAGACACGCACGUAAGACGAGCGAAGGACAAGUGCAACUUUCGACUGAAGAUUUAAUAGAGGGAAAGACCAAUUAUACAGGUGUAGCCACCAGAAGGAAAAGCAACAAAACUAUGCAAGAUAAAAAAACAAUCGAAUAAAAGGUCCUAUUAUCAA